CUUGUGAGGGUCUUUUUUCGAUGACGAGAGGUUGAUAUGCUUUACCAACAGCAAACUAAAACAAUUUCGAAAUGGAUUCCCAAGACAGUUCCGUUCCGAAUUUCAGAGAGAAUACUUAUAAAUAUGGAGGCGAUUUAUCAAUUGGUCGUAAUCUUAGCUAUUAUUUUUGGGCCUCUGCAGUUCCAGUCCACGGUAUUAGCUGACCCUGUUUUUCGUCGCCCAAAUGCCUUAGCCAUCGCGCCCGCCCGCACCUAUACCGGUGGAUACAACCACUCGACAAUUCACAGAGCUGUCGAAAAGACCAAUUGGACUGCAACGGCGGUUCACCAACCUGUCCUCCAGGCGCCCGGAUUUAUAAUACCAUCUCAGAACCGUUCGUGGAUUCACACCAACCAGGGAUCUCAUGGCGAUUUACCAGGUAGCGUCCCAGCACAAGCUUCAGGUUUUUCAAGCGGCCGGGUGGCCAGUAAUAAUCCCCAAACAGGAGUAACAGGCGUUUAUCAACCAAACCCAUCCCAAGGUAAAAUCGUAAAUCCAGCAUUUGUCGUUGGCAAAAAUAAUGGAACGUUUUAUUCAACCUAUAAUACAACAGUCCCUGUCAGGACUUAUCCUUAUGGGAACCUUUCAAUUUGAGCAAUUAUAAAAUGUUACCAAAACCCAAUAAACGAAAUUAAAAUUAGCAUUCUUUUCAAAAAUCAAUUUAUUGUGCUCUUGAAUCGUUGCAUGUAUUAGGAUCAUCGGCAUAAGUAUUGGGGUUGCUUUCCGGUAUUCCAGAAGUGUAAAUAAAUGUAUAUUCAAUGAAGAUUUUCCAUAUAAGGGAUAUGUCAGGGAUGCGUAUUUUUGGAGGCGUGAUUACGCUGAUCACGCCACCUAAGUAUAUCAGCUUUGAACUAUCAAUAAAUGAAGUGACACGCAUGUAUAUGAAAUGCGAUUGCUGACCAAUUGCCGAAAAAUUAAACCGAUGAUCUUUAACCGAUGAGGAUCCCUCGCAGCCGUCAAAAAUUCCCACGCUGCAGUCCUAUACUCCCACGCUGCCGUCAAAAAAUGAUCCCACGCCGCCGUCCAAUCUCAUAAGAAUCCCACGCCGCUGUCCAGAACCUCCAUCCCUCGCUGCAGUCCCGAUCUUCGUCUCCCACGCCGCAGUCAUCUCCAUUGAUAUAAAUUCCAGUAGUCUUAAGAAUAUUGUUCCUAGCGCCCUGGCCUAAACGCCCUAAUAGUCCCGCGUUGCAAAAACUUGACAUCCCUCGCCGCAGUCUGAAGUAUCCGUAAGUCCGUCAUCUUUGAGAGCCGAAAAUCCCACGCCGCUGUCAAAAUGUACUCCUAGGCCGCUGUCGAUGGAUAAAGUAGCCUGAAUCCCACGCCGCAGUCCAAGUUAGAGAAUCAUUCCUCAACAAAUCUAAUAUCCUCACGAAGGGUCCUCACAAGAGAAAAAGAAUCGACCAGUGUGUAGCGAAGCAAAAGCAAUCCAACUUUUAUAUUGGUUCGAAGGGGUACGGGUUGAAACAAGGAUUGAAGUCGUCAUCAGUGCCGAAACCCUCAAAGAAUUAGGUGCUAUCCCAAGCCAGUAGUGUAAAUUCGAUGGUGCUUAGCGAAGAAAUGAUACCUCCAGCCUACUUGUUGCUCCAAAUGCAGAUAAUGAAGAAUGAUCCGAGGAGGAUUUUAGGACUUCUCAUAAUAUAAAUGACCAAAGGGUGUGGUGCUCCUACGCCGUGUAGUGUUCGUUCUUAAUAUGCUCCAAAUAGACCCAGGAUGCGAAUUUGGUGAUUGAAUGCCCAGUAAAUAUAUGUAAAAGGUAGAGUGUUGAAA